AUGACUCAAGUCAGUAAGAUCGCAGCUGAACUCUGGGAGAAUGCUUCAGAAGAUGAAAAGGCUUUUUGGCAAAGACAGUAUGAGAUUAAUCGUGAUUUCAAAAAUGAAACAACCGAUGAGGUUGAAAUUUUCGGCACUGAUUUCAGUCCCCUUCCUACAAAUAAUUACCAAAUGAAUGACUUGUCUUUUCCGGCUGAACUGGUUCAGUUUGAAAAUGAUUUUUUGUUUUGUAAUUUUUGUCAAAACUUACUUGACGCAAAUGUAGAAUUCUGUCCUUGUUUAAAAACUCUUUAUGACACGAAUGAGUUUUCAUGUUAUCCGACUUGCAACGAAUUACCAAAUUAUCACUUGCCCAAUGGGGAAAUCUUCAAUAUUCAAGACAGUUAUAUUACUGAAUUCCCAAAUAACAUUAAUUUUAAUUUAUUUAACACUUAA